AUGGAUCUCACGCCAUCUCCUAUCUACAACUACUACCUCCCCGAUCCUCUUCGAGCAGUGACAGCCGGGGAACAGUUCCGUGUCACUAAAAAAAGAAAGAGGGUGCCCAUCAACUGUUCACUGUGCCGAGUCCGAAAGAAAUGUGAUCGAAAUCGCCCUUGCAGCAAUUGUGUACGCCAGGGUGGUGCAGAAACAACUACAUGCAUCUACUCAGCCCCAAUCGCCAGUGAAACAGAGGAUAUCCAGGCACAUUCGAAUUCUGAGUCGCUGCAGUAUCAACUCAAUCGUCUUGAGAAUCUGGUUCUAACAUUGAUGCGUGGUGGGGCAGUUGUUGAUGCAAGAUCAACAUCGGCCAUGAUAAACACAGGAUCCACUAGUAGGGCGGGCAACGGAGAAAGCUCAGCAGGAGCCCAUCGUGGCCGAACACCCGAGAACACCAGGGGGGAGGGUGAUGAUAUCGACAACCUAGCCACUUCCCUAGGUGUGCUCAGCAUUGAACGAAACAAUGGGAAUACGGUGUAUAUUGGUCAAGAACAUUGGCAAACCAUUCUAGCAGACAUCUUGGAGGUCAAAGCAUCGUCCGCCAAAUACGAUCAGGAGCUGGAAGCAAGCUACGAAGAGAUCAGGUUGUCCAAGCCACUGAGCGCUUCAGCAGGCAUCACUCUACUCCAGGGAACCGCGCCUCCAGCUACCGAGUUCGAGCUACAGGCCGCUUUGCCAUCAAGGAUCGUAAUCCUUACCUUGUGUUCUCGGUACUUCGAGUCAAUAGACAACCCCGUUGUCAUCAUCCACUCUGGUGCUUUCUACGAGGAAUUGUACUCACACUGGGAAAACCCCUCUAAGACACCCCUGAUGUGGCUGGGCUUGCUCUACUCGAUCUUGUGUCUUGGUAUGCUAAGUUAUCAUCGAGUUGGAGAUGAACCAACGGCAUGGAGAGGUCGAACGCUAGAAAUGGCCGUUAGCUACCGCCUACGAACUGCGCAAUGUCUGGUUGUUGCCGACUAUACUAAACCAGUCACACCUGUGGUUGAAACAAUGCUUCUUUAUACCUUUGCGGAAUAUGGGACUCGAUGGGAUAUAGACAUGGAACUGUGGUUACUUAUCUCCACGGUAACCAGGAUCGCUAUCCAAAUGGGAUAUCAUCGCGAUGGAAAGUGGUUCCCCUGUCUGAGUCUUUUCAAAGCUGAGAUGAGGCGGCGCACGUGGGCUCUUCUGACGAUGGCCGACGUUAUGUUUUCCCAUCAGGUAUCGCUACCUAGUAUGAUACACAAUCACCAUUGCGAUACUGGGGAGCCGGCCAACCUCUUUCAGAACGAGAUUAACCCCAACCUGGAGUUCCUGCCUCCAUCUCGCUCAAAGGAAGAAAUCACGCCAUCUUCAUAUAUGAUUGCUAAGGUCAAGCUUUGUAGAAUCAUGAGUGAUAUUCUGCACGCAACUAACAGAGUUGAUGGUCUCACUUCUUACGAAGAAGUUUUACGAUUUGAUACCAAGCUUCGCCAAUUAUAUGAAGAUCUACCGAAACAUCUAAAAGGACUGCCUCUGCAGGGCCUUCAUGAGACAGCCAGAGUGGUAGCGAACCGUUUCAGUAUCAACUCACUCUACCGGAAGAUUGUUUGCCUAUUGCAUAAAAUGCAUCUUUCUCUUGGACGCCGGAACUCCCGAUAUGCGUAUUCGCGGCGUAGCGCCAUUGGUGCUGCAUCAGAGACGUUGGAACACCUGGCGGUUUUGAUUAGGGAGUCUCACCCCGGUGGAAGGUUCCAGUCUCUGAUUUGGUUUGUGAAAUCUAUGGCUAUAAAAGAAUUCCUCACAUGCGCCAUGAUCGUUGCACGAGAUCUUUAUCAUGACUGUGAGACAGAAGAUGAGAACCUCGAUGCCUCGUCCUUCUGGACGUCAGAACAAACGAUGAAGAUGAAGAGUAACUUGGAAAUGACCAAGGACUUCUGGAAAUCCCUAGCCGAUAAUUCGAAAGAGGCUCUCAGGGCAUCUAAAAUGCUCGAAAUCAUCCUAGCGCAUAUCAACAGCACUGUACUCGCGACAGAGAGGACAGAAAGCUUGGGCGAUACGACUUUGCCAGCCACAAAUAUCUCAUUGAAUACUCAGGCAGGUCAUAUGGCCGUCAAAGAUUUGGGUUCAUCAGUAAUACAUGAUCAGCCUUUGUUGGACGAGACUACACAGCCUCUGGUUCCAAUCAGCUUUGCGCAGUUCGACAGUAUGGCGCCAACCUUUUAUGGAACUCAUACAAUCAACAACUUUCCAGACUCGCAAUUCUCAAUUUUUGGGGAUAUUGAUGUGGACAGUGAUUUGACCACUAUUAUAAUAGAACUUCAAGCACACCAAGGCAAAGGGGGUCGGGCUUGA